AUGUGGACGACAAUGCGGCGCGGGUCGGCCUGGCUGGGGACACUGCACUGCGCCGAGGGGCGGGGACCGAGGCUGAGGCGCGGAGCGGCGCGUGCGCACAAGGGCGCCGCGGGAAGUUGGAAAUCGGCCGGCGGGGCAGCUGGUCUGGGGGACCGCCGGGGCAUGGGCUCGGCGUUAGACCUGGCGCGGCGGCUGCGGGCGGCGCUGCGGAAGGAGGAGUUGCGGGCAGUGGAGGAGCUGCUGCGCCGUGGUGCUGACCCCAACCUGGUGCUCAAGGAUGGCGCGGCGGCCAUGCACCUGGCGGCCAGAGCCCAGCACCCGCGGAGUCUGUGUUGCCUCGAGGCCCUGCUGCGCCGAGGCGGGGACCCCAACACUCGAUCGGCCGAGGCGCUGACGCCGCUGCACGUGGCCGCUGCCUGGGGCUGUCGCCGCGGCCUGGAGCUGCUGCUGAGCCAGGGAGCGGACCCCGCGCUGCGCGACCAGGACGGACUCCGGCCUGUGGACCUGGCCGAGCAGCAGGGGCACCAGAACUGUGUGCGUGUCCUGCGGGAGCUGGAGGCUCGGACCAGGACCCCGACACGGACCCGGGCAGACCCCCAGGAGCCAAAGCCCAAGCCAAAGCCUGGCAGCCCAGGCCCUUGGAGAAAGGGGCUGAAUAUCAGCCCCUCUGGACCUCCCAGUGUGACACUGGACUCCACAACACUGGGCAGAGGUGAUGGCAAAGACAUGAGCCUGGAGGCUGGCCCUGGACCCCCCAGCCUCCUUGCCCACCCUGAGAUUGCUGACACAGGUGGCAGGUCGGAGUCCCCCCUAGGGCGCUGGGACUGCAGCUCAGUUGCCUCCUUUGUUACCGCGGUUGAGGCCUCUGCAGCCGAGGACCCAACCGCCCACAUGUCCCCCUGGGCUGGUGUCCGACCCUCCCAGAGGGUGCCAAGAUCUUCGGGUACCCCACAGCAGGAACAUCGAGCCCUCAUGGAGGACAGGGAGGCAGAACUAAAUGCCCGUCUGCAGGCCCUGACUCUGACCUUGCCAGAUGCCUCCCCCUCCCCCAAGUUCUUCCCAGACAAGAGUCCAGCCCAUAGUGCCCCUUGGGAACCACUGCCUGGACCCUCUGACUUCCACAUCCCCAAAGAUGACCAGUUGUCCCUCGACAGUGAUGUAGCUGCCCUCUGGCUGACAGAGGAUGAGGCAAGCGCCACAGGUGGCAGGGACCCCAUCCCCUCUUGCCAGUGCCCACCGGACCCCACCAUGUCUGACCUGGAGCUGCUGCAAGGGCUCCUGGCACUUGGCAAGAGCCGUGGUCCCAUCACGUCCUUCACCCGGCCAUACUACCUCCAACCACUAGAAGAAGCCCAGGCUGCUCCUGGCCUAGAAUUCUCAGGGCACAGCCCAGAGCUGGCCAAAGCCCUGCGGACUGGCCACAUCCCAGAUGCCCAGGCAGAUGAGGAUGCACUUGCCAAGCAGUUUGAGCGGCCAGAACCCACCAGCCGGUGGCGGGAGGGUGUCAUGAAGUCCAGCUUCACGUAUCUGCUGCUGGACCCCAGGAAGACUCAGAACCUUCCAGCCCGAGCCUUCUCACUGACCCUGGCUGAAUGCCUUCGGAUUUUUGUCAAUGCCAUCUUCUACGUGGGCAAGGGAACACGGGCCCGGCCGAAUGUCCACCUCUGGAAGGCCCUUAGCCACCGAGGGUGGCCAGGAAAACAGGCCUGCCCCAAGGUGCGCCAGAUCUUAGACAUUUGGGCCAGUGGUCGAGGUGUUGUCUCCCUGCAUUGCUUCCAGCAUGUGGUUGCUGUGGAGGCUUACACUCGAGAAGCAUGUCUUGUGGAUGCUCUAGGGAUCCAGACGCUGACCAACCAGAAGCAAGGACACUGCUAUGGAGUGGUGGCUGGCUGGCCACCCACCCGGCGCCGCCGCUUGGGGGUGCAUCUGCUGCACCGUGCCCUCCUUGUCUUCCUGGCUGAGGGUGAGCGAGAGCUAUGGCCCCAGGACAUCCAGGCCCGUGGCUGAGCACUGGGGAAUUGGCCAUCCAGCCUAGGUCGAGAUCAGGGUGUUUGAAUGUUCCAGCUGCCCCGUGCUGAGAGCAGCUCCCCAUCUCCAGCUCCAGAAGGCUGGUGGGGGAGCAGCAGGACAAUCUCUCCCUCGGGCUGAGGGAGGACUUUAUUACAGAUGGAACUGCUGGAGAGGUAGUGAGCUCCCUGCCAUGGGUGGAGAAUAAGGGGAUGUGAGAGGAGAACAAGUAGACCAGAAGGUUCUUUGAACACUCUGGUGCUUUGAAACAUGCCAGUGCUUUGGCAGUUUGGUCCUGUUUGGGCAAACAGAGUCCAUUUUUAUCUCCCUGACACAGGGGACCCACAAUGUAGGCUGCGCUGGGGUCUUCCUCAGCCACUUGAAGGGAAUCUGCCCAGCUCAAGAGUUAGGUUUCACUGCUUCCCAGCUGUGGGACCUUGGACCAGCAAUUUCUCUGUCUGAGCCUCACUGUCCUCAGUUGUACACAAUGGGGGAAGUGCGAGGUUCUACCGAAGGGGGUCACUGAGGAAAUCAGAUUAAACCGUCAUGGGGUAAAGUGUUUGGCUCAGAGCCCUGCUGAGCCAGAGGUGGCCCUGCAGGCGGAAAGUCUCUGGGGGAAGGUAGGGAGUGUUGGGAUGUUCUCGAGGUACCGACUUGUGUAUUGAGGGGUGGGCAGAGCUGGGGAGGUCAUCGCGGUGUGGGUGUGAGACACCAGCUCUCCUUGGCAUCACCGUGUGACUGGAGCCUCCUGGUGUUGCUUCUCUGAACCUGUUUCUUCCACUAUAAAAUGGGAUCACUAACCCCAUCACUAACCUCUUUGCUCUUUAUGCAAAGAGCUUCAGUAAGUGCCAAGCCGCUAUCCUGGUGAGGUGGUGGUAGGAUCAUUUAAAUUUUCCAGAACUUGCUUCUUCAAAGCAGUCCAGUGGGUUUAGGGACUUGGUGAGAUCCGCUGCCUCAUUGGGUUUGUCACCUGCCUGUCAUCGUGGCUCAGAGAACCAGGUCCUGCAGGGAGUGGGCUAAGGUUCCACCUGCCUCCUGGCCUCCACUGCUGAGCCCCUGGCUACUCUGGCUGCUGUGGUAAUUAGGGUUCCUGCCUCUGGAGUGGGCCUGGGCUCUACCAUUUUAACUGAGCUGAAGAAACCUCACUCCGAGCUUCCCUUUCCUCAUGUGUAAGACAAGUAAUUCUCCCAGACACCAAGUAGGUGCUUGAUAAAGUGAUAGCAAUUCAAACAGCAUGCUGGGACUUCCCUGGUGGCGCGGUGGUUAAGAAUCCGCCUGCCAAUGCAGGGGCCACGGGUUCAAGCCCUGGUCCGGGAAGAUCCCACACGCCGCAGAGCAACUAAGCCCACCACAACUACUGAGCCUGCGCUCUAGAGCCCGUGAGCCACAACUACUGAGCCUGCGCUCUAGAGUCCGUGAGCCACAACUACUGAAGCCCGCAUGCCCAAGAGCCCGUGAUCCACAACAAGAGAAGCCACCGCAAUGAGGAACCUGCACACCGCAACGAAGAGCAGCCCCCGCUUGCCGCAACUAGAGAAAGCUCGCGUGCAGCAACGAAGACCCAACACAGCCAAAAAUAAAUACAUUUAUUAAAAAAAAAAAAAAAACCAAGCAGCAUGCCAUCUCCCAAGAAUACACAAACAGAAUCCAGAGACAUCCCUCCCCCCGCCAAAAAAAGAGGCCCAGAAGAGGUGGGAUUUGUCUAAAACACAGGGUAUCCCAACCUUGGCCCUACUGACUUUUGAGACCAAGUUACUCCUUGCAGUGGGGGCCAGGGGCUGUCCUGUGCACUGUAGGGUGUCAGGCAGCAUUCCUGCGCUCCACCCACAAGAUUCCAGGAGCACCUCCCCCUCCAGUUGUGGUAAUCAAACAUAUCUCCAGAAUUUGUCAACCAACAGCAGUGCCCCUGUAAGAACCCCUGGUUUAAAUUAAAGGUGGGCUCACAAACCAGUGGGGAAAGGACCAAAGGUGCAGAAACUGAGGGGACAAAUCUCCUCCCACCGGCCACACAAACCACGGGUAAACCUAGAUAUACAUACAUUGGAAUAAAAUGUAGAGGACCAAGAGCACAGCCAUGGAGCAGGGAAAUUCAGAGAAAUCUGGAUUCAAAAAAAAAGAUUCAAAAUAAAAAUCAUCU